UUGCGUAACCAAGCGCAGCCUUUCGCAUUGGGCUUGCGCAGCCUGCGCUCGCGGCCGUGCGAAAGUCCACAUGAGCCUGUUGCCAGUUAUUGAUCCUAGCGCGAUUGAACAACACUGCAUUGCCGUCAACUACGAAAACAAUUCUCGCCACGUCUCAGUCGUAUUCGCACUCAAUAAAUCGUUAACGCAAAGAUUGAUAAACGCCCUUAUCAUACGCGUGUUAUACGCGCUCGUCUGUUACUGUUUCUAUUAGUACGUGACACCGGUGCGCGACGCAAGACGUGAGCACACGUUGCGUUACCGAGGCUCUCCAUCGACACGUCUGCUAACGUGCUGUCAAAAUGUAAAGGAAUUCCCAGCGUUAGUAGCAGGUAGUGUUUGCUGCGUUUGAAGAGUCUACGACGACGGAGCUAUCAUGUCAUCGGAUUUCCGCGAAUGGGCUUAAACUUAAAUAAAAGAUACAACUUAAUUUUUCAAUUUUACCUUUGAAAAGAACGAACGAGGAAAACGCGAGACGGACGGACAGGUACACGAAUAAAAGGCGCGGUUGCACAUGUGAUUCCUCCGUGUAGCCGACCUUAUUUGGCAGACGCGAUGAAGAAGUUCACGAUCAAGGGUGUACUCGACGGAUUCCGGUCGUCAGUUCCGCAGCCUGUUAAGCCCGACCAGGAAAUCAUUGAAAAUCUGAGACCGGAGCACUUUCAAGUUAAGAGGACAUUCAGACAUGGCUUCCCGCAUCAACCGACAGCGUUGGCAUUCGACCCAGUUCAAAGGCUCCUAGCCAUUGGCACUAAGUCAGGAUCCCUCAGGAUUUUAGGUAGACCGGGUGUAGAUGUGCAUGUUAAGCAUGAAGGAUGUAGCGCUGUGAUACAACUACAGUUUUUGAUCAAUGAAGGAGCAUUAGUAUCUGCAACAGCAGACGAUACUUUACAUUUAUGGAACUUUCGUCAGAAGAUACCGCAGGUCGUACAAAGUCUAAAAUUUCAAAGAGACAGAAUUACUUGUAUUCAUCUACCGCUUCAAAGUAAAUGGUUGUACGUCGGAACAGAACGAGGAAACAUCCACAUACUGCACAUUGAGACAUUUGUUUUAUCCGGAUAUGUAAUUAAUUGGAACAAGGCUAUUGAAGUAUCUAGAAAGACCCAUCCUGGUGCUGUAGUACACUUGAGUGAUAAUCCUUUAGAUUUGAGCAAGAUGCUCAUAGGAUAUGAGACUGGACAAAUUGUUUUUUGGGAUUUAAAAACAAAGAAUGCUGACUACAGGUGUCAGACCGACGAGCCGUUAAAAUCGAUAACAUGGCAUCAUGAAGGUAAACAAUUUAUGUGUAGUCACACGGAUGGUUCUCUUUCAACUUGGACUAUUCGACAAUUAAAGCCAACUAACGUAACGUUCCCACAUGCAAAGUCCACUAAAGACGGAGAGCCUGAAUCUUGCAAACCCAUUCAAAAAGUAGAAUGGAAAUUAUCAAGAGCCGGGGAAGCAUAUGUAAUAUUUUCUGGUGGGUUGGCAUGUGAUACUACUGGGAGAAUACCGAGCAUUACAGUGAUACAUGGGAAAACUACUACGGUACUCGAAAUGGAACAUAAUGUUGUAGACUUUGUAACGCUGUGUGAUAGUCCAUGGGCUAGUGAUUUUCAAGAUCCUUACGCUGUUGUUGUUCUAUUACAAAAUGACUUGGUUGUGAUAGAUUUGUUAACUCCCGGAUUCCCUUGUUUUGAGAAUCCAUAUCCUAUGGAUAUUCAUGAAUCUCCUGUAACAUGUUGUGCAUAUUUUGCGGAUUGUCCUUCAGACUUAGUACCAGCAUUUUAUUCAGUUGGAUCUAAGUCGCAAAAGAAAACUGGUUUUAGCGAGAAAGAGUGGCCUAUUUCCGGCGGAGAAUGGAGUUCUAGUUCUAGUAGCUAUAACGAGAUUAUCCUCACUGGGCAUGCCGAUGGCAGUAUAAAAUUUUGGGACGCUUCAGCGGGAACGCUGCAAGUUCUUUAUAAACUAAAAACAGCAAAACUUUUCGAAAAGAGCAGAACACGUAGUAUAGAUUCCGAGGAAGAUCCUUUAGCGAUUCAACUUAUUUUUCUUUGUCCCGAAAGUCGGAAAUUAGCUAUUGCAGGAAGCGGCAAACACGUCAUAUUGUUUAAGUUUAAGAAGGUUGAAAGUAUGUCCGAAGUAGUGACCUUGGAGAUAUGUUUAACGGCAGAUCCAGGGAGAGAAGAUUCACCGGACCAUGAAUCGCCAGCGACUGGGAACAUCGUGGGAAAUGUGGAAUCAAGAAAUACAGAUUUUAAUCAUCCACUCAAAAUCAAGACGGGUUUGCAGAAGAGAGCUGCUGGUUUUCAAGCAACAUUGAUUUGUUUGACAACAGCACCCAGUGGAGAACAACCUGAGAAUAUAACGUCGCUUAGUUUAAAUUCUUCAUAUGGCUUAUUGGCCUAUGGAAACGAGUCCGGUUUAGUGAUAGUGGAUAUCGUGCAGAAGAUUUCUUUGAUUGUAUUGAACACUAGUGAUCUUGGAGGUGGUGCUGAUCCUUACCAACGUGUCUUGCGUAGUCCCAAACGGCAGGAUGAAUCCAAACGGGAAAAUGAGGACAAAGCAAGAAGCCCGAGUACCGAUCAGAGUCAACGAGAAUCCACAAUGGAAUCCGAGCCAACAAUCACAAGGAUAGCAGAUUCUACACAACAAGUACAACAGCAACAAUGUCUUCGUAAUGAAAGUCAGACAAAGAUCAAUAAGGAUAAACCAAGUGGAGAGGAAUCCAUAAACGAACCUAAUAAGACAGGGAAUCUUCCUAAUGGCGACGAAUGUCAGAAAAGUCAAGGUUGGAAGAGAUUUAGUCUCAAGAGACAACUAAGCAAGGUUGAUUUGAAGAUAAAAAAUACUUUUACACCAUCCUUGGUAUCUUCUCAAAAUGGGAGCUCAUCAUCGGGGCUCAUGCAAGUACCCCAGUGCCAACAAAUAAGCAGCGAUACUGGCAGCCAAAAGUCUUCUGUAUUUUACUGCAACAUGAAUGAAGCAGCCAGCACAAGUCGUUCACUAUCGCCGGUUGAAAGUAUUGAUUCUGAAUCCUCCUUAUCGCCGGAAAAUCAGUCCUCUGGAAGUGACAAUCCACAGAUACACGAUGGAAAGCGAGACAUUCAAGAUACCAGAAGCCCAAUAGAAAGCACAGAUGCAAAGACAAUAAUGACAACAGCGACGAUUAUGACAAUAAUAACGACGACAACAACAAUGACAACGACGACAAUGUCAACGACGAUGACAACGAUGACGACGACGAUAACGACACCAACAACAACAAUGACGAUGAACAACGACAAUAUUAAUAUGAAAACUGAGGCAGUGAGGCCAAUGAAUUUAUCUUUACCUGAGCACGAAGUAAAACCACCAAGACUGAGACGUAUCGCCAAGAUGAAACAAACGAAAAGAGACAAUCGCUUGCUCUCAGUGCCAAAUUUGAAAUUUUCCAAGAAUGAGAUGACUAUUUGCGACCUAAGGUGCGAAGAGAACGUUACCUCCGAAUCGUUCACCUGCAAUCUUAUGAGAAGAUUCAAUAAAUUUGAUGGCUCUUUCCAACGAUCAAGGAGCUCGAGCAUGUCGUCUCUCGAGAAUAUCACUACAGAAACCAUAAGCUGCCUUACAUUUGCGGAUUCUUAUACGAAAAAAAAUGAUACAAGCGGUUUGCCAACUUUAUGGAUUGGCACGUCUCUGGGAUCUGUACAAACUGUUGUAUUCAAUACACCUGCUCAUGGAGAACGUCAUGCUCAUCCAGUGGUUGUGUCUACUUGUAAUGGAUCUACUUUCAAACUCAAGGGUUGUAUCCUAUCCAUGUCGUUCUUAGAUUGCAAUGGUGCUCUGAUUCCAUAUUCCUACGAGUCUUGGAAAGACGAAAAUGUGGACGGCAAAGAACGCAACAAAAGCCAAGGGAAAUGCACAAAUAGCCGAACGCCACCGCCGACAAAUACACAAGUUAGUGGAGAUAGUUUUGAAGAUAGACAAUUCGUCGUGCUCGCAUCAGAGAAACAAGCGAGAGUCGUAGCAUUACCCUCUCAGAAUUGUGUAUAUAGGCAACAGUUGGCGGAGACUCAUAUUGUAAUUAAGGCGGAGGUUACGACUUUGAAAGAUAAUGUCUGCCUCGUAUGUUAUGUUUCUAAUGGUCACGUAACAACGUAUAGCCUGCCCAGUCUUAGACCGCUGAUAGACGUCGAUUUUCUACCUCUUAUAGAUUUGAGUUUUCAGACUACAAAACAGGGCAUUGUAGACCCCAUGUUGUCCAUAUGGGGUCAUCAACUCUUUGUUAAUGGCGAUACCGAUCAGAUUGCAAAGACGCUUUGCUUCAGUAACCGAGGUCAUGGUUUAUAUCUAUCGUCACCUAUGGAGAUUCAGAAGUUUUCCAUCUCAAGCGAAUUCUGUGGUGAAUUGACAGAGAUGAUGGGUGAUUUGUUUAUCGGUCACGAUAUGCCAGAACCGCCCAAAGAGAGUUUCUUCAAAGGUUUAUUCGGCGGUGGUUCGAGGAGUCUCGAUCGAGAAGAGUUGUUCGGCGAAUCCAGCGGCCGUGCGUCGCGCACAGUAGCGAAACACAUUCCAGGACCAAAUGAAGCUCUUCGAGAACGAGUUUCUAGCGCAACGGGAGAAGUGAAUAUGGCGCAUCAAAUGGUUGUAGAGCGCGGUGAGAAGCUAUCGCAUCUUGAGGAACGGACAGCGCGCAUGAUGUCGGAGGCUGAGAAUUUUUCACAAUCCGCUCAUGGACUGAUGCUCAAAUACAAAGACAAGAAAUGGUAUCAGCUAUGAGAACACAACUUGGUUCGAGUUCCAUAAAAAAUGACACACGUUUCUUUAAUUACCUAGCUUGUUAUAUAGUUUGUGUUUUGUUUUUGAGUUUCAUCGUAUUAAGAAAAUAAAGAUUAGACGUAUUAUGAUCUUCACACACGCACAUAUGGGAAACAUCUAUAUGAAAAACAGAGAUAAGGAGAUAUAUUAUAUAAAUGCGAUCACAUCUAUGCGGCGCACAUAGUACACACGCACAUUCCGUAAUAAGAUAAACGUGGGGGACGUGCGAUUAGAAAUUUACAUUGGGAUGAACAAAAAGAAUGCCGGCAAAAACAGAAGCAUAGGCAUCGUCGCGAUAUAUUUGUGCAUGCGUAUAUAAGAGACGUACGUAUAAUUAUUAUUAUAUAAAAUAUAUAAAAGGUACAUAUACACACACUUAUACAAAAAUGUGACAAAUGAUUGAUGAUAUACACGAGUCAAUAUGAACAGUUAUAUGAUAAUUCGCCUUUUAACCGAUGGCACUCGUUGAUUCAUUCGGACGUCCUGUGAACGAUAUUUGACGACGCCUUGCCUUGUUUGCUUCUCAGCGAAGAAGAUACGUUUAUUGUUCAAAUGAAUUCUAAUUGAUCGAACUUUGUCAAGAAUCGAAGGAUUGUCAAUAGGUAUUUACGAACGUCACGUUGUUGCAGAGGUAUAAGCUCUUUCGAAUAUAUAAAAUCGAAUGAAAUGCUAAGAAUCGCAUUAGUUUUAAAUUGACGUAACUUAUUAACUUACAUAUGCGCGCGCGCGCAUAUGUAUGUGUGAGUGACUGAAUAUAUGUAUGUGUGGUAUAAAUUGCGUGCGUAAGUGCGCGCGUGCGCGUGUGUGUAUCACAUAUAAGGGUAUAUUAUUGGAAUGAGAUAAAAUAUAUAUGGCUAUUCAUAUAAUAUAUUGAAUAACACUAUUGAAAUUUGCAGCGUAGUAAAUAUUUCAUGUAGAGAAGAGUUGUUAUUGACUACUAAUUAACUUCUUAUUCCACAGUGUAAAUUUUAUAAUCGUGUACAUUAUAUAGGCUGAUUUAAGUAUUUAUCAUAUUUAAGUAUUUAUUGCUAUGCGAUCGUAAAUAAUUUCAUAAAGAUAAGUUAAGAUAUGGGAUAAAAAAAAUGACCAAUGCGAUUCUUGUAACUUCAUCGAGUUGUACGAAUGCAGAUGGAAAAUUUGUUGGGCCCGAAAGACACAAUUUUACUUGUAUCUUAAGAAAAUUAUGAACGCAGGCAAGACGGCACAGUGACAUUAUUCCGAAUGUAUUGACAAUAAAUGUAGCUAAUUAGUCGGUGAUGAUGAAAAUUGAAUAAAAGUUGAGUGCAAUGAAAUAUAUUUUAUUCAGGAUGGCGGGUUGUAUGUGCAGGUCGCAGGAACUGUUAUACUCGCCACACUGAUAAGAAUGUAUUGGUUGUUAUCGAUUGUAGUUACCGCUAGAUAUGCUAUGUAUAUAUAACGGGAUGAAUACAGUAGGACAGAUUCCGCGUUAUAAAUCUGUUUAUAUAAUAAUACGUUAUAAAUUAUGCUAUUUCGAUGCUGACGAUAAGUUCAAUCGGAUUUAUGAUAUAUUUGAAUGACAUGAAAUUAAUUAACUACUGUAAUUUAACACUAUGCAUAGCUUAGAUUAAUUAAAGACAAUAUAAAACACAACACAUAUACACACACACACACACACAUACACUCACACGCACACACACAUACACACAUACAUACACAUGUACACACGAGUUUGUUUAAAUUUAUUCGAGCUCUGAAUCGUCGUACUGCUUCCAUAGCAAUAACUGUAUAGUUGAUGUUAAUGGUACUAAUCACUCGUAUACUUAAUAAUGUUCCCACAAAAAAGUUAACUGAAAUGCAUUUUUUCGGAUUGAUUCGAGCUCAUGGUAUAAUUUAUCUUGGACAAUAUACACAUUUAGAAAUUCGUUGUCCCAUUACACUCUUAUCACAGGAUGUCUUCACUAUCGAUUACUAGUACAAAAGAGCGCGAGCUCAUUCGUCAAGGUGUGCAAACUGUAGUUGAGGUCCAUAUUAAUGCUGAAUUUGUAAUACGUCCGUGAGAGUACGCAGAUUAGCAAUAAUUCUGAAUUUCGGUGCUGUCUUAGCUAAACUGCUAACUCUGACGGACGUUUCACUUACGUCUAGAAUCUUAUGUCUAGAAUUAUUAUUCUUCGGAUACCCGACACUCAGUAUGUAAGCAGUUCAAUGGUAGACAAGAUACAUUAAAA